AUGACUCGCCUCAACUCGGCCGCUCCGGUGUCCCUCCUCCGGCGCUCCUCCUCCACUUCCACCUCGCCGCCCUCACGCCGAGCUCCCCACGUCGCCCUUGCCGCCGCCACGGAGCGCGUCCGUUCCGGGACGCUCAGCCCAGAGGAUGCACACCACCUGUUCGACGAAUUGCUGCGUCAGGCCUCUCCGGUCCCCGAGCGCGACCUGACCGGCUUCCUCGCCGCCGUCGCCCGCGCGCCGGCCUCCCCCGCCUGCAGCGACGGCCUCUCGCUCGCCAUCGCCCUCUUCGACCGCAUGCCCCUGGUGGCGCCGCCCACAGUAUGCACGUACAGCAUCCUGCUCGACUGCUGCUGCCGCGCGGGGCAGCUAGACCUAGCGCUCGCCUUCUUCGGCCGCUUCCUCAGGGCGGGCCUCAAGGCAGACACCCUUCUCGUCAACACUCUCCUCAAGGUCCUCUGCCACGCAAAGCGGACAGACGAGGCUAUGGACGUGCUGCUUCACAGGAUGCCGCAUCUGGGCUGCGUGCCUGAUGCCUUCUCAUACACCACGGUUAUCAAGGGUUUAUGUGAUGAUAGCAGGAGCCAGCGUGCGCUCGACCUGCUUCUGAUGAUGGCGAAACAAGAAGGUGGCUGCUCCCCUAACGUGGUGUCAUAUAACACGGUCAUCCAUGGAUUCUUAAAGGAGGGUAAAUUCAGCACAGCAAGCAACCUAUUCAAUGAAAUGGUACAGCAUGGCGUUGUUCCUGAUGUCUUUACAUAUAGCUCCAUGAUUGAUGUGUUGUGCAAGCGUAGAAGAAGCAAAGAAGCUAGACAAAUUCUGGAUUGCGCGGUUGCCAAGGGCCUCAAACCUAAUGUCGUGGCAUACUCUACCAUGCUUCAUGGGUACGCUACAGAAGGAUGCCUUGUUUAUAUGAAUAAUCUCUACAACUUGAUGCUGCGAGAAGGUAUUGUACCUGACCAAUAUGUUUUCAGCAUAUUGGUCAAUGCACAUGCCAAGUGUGGAUUGGUGGAUGAGGCCUUUCUUAUCUUUCAAGACAUACAGAAACAGGGAGUGAAACCGAAUGUUGUAACCUAUACAUCCAUGAUAGAUGCGUUUUGCAGAAAGGGUAGGAUGAAUGAUGCUAUUCAACAAUUCAACCAGAUGAUUAAUAUUGGGGUACAACCGAAUGUACAGACUUAUCGGUGCCUUGUUCAGGGUUAUUGUACACAUGGUGAUUUAGUGAGGGCUAAAGAAUUGGUUCAUGAAAUGAUGGGAAAAGGCAUCCGUUGUCCUGGUGUCGUGUUCUUUAACUCGAUGAUAAACAACCUAUGCAAAGAAGGAAGGGCAACAGAUGCACAAGAUAUCUUUGACUUUAUGAAACAUAUAGGUGAGAAGCCCGAUGUUAUCACAUUCAAUUCACUGAUUGAUGGAUACUGCUUAGUUGGCAAGAUGCAGAAAGCAUCCAGAGUAUGUGAUGAUAUGGUAUCGGUUGGCAUUGAUCCUGAUGCAAUUACGUACAAUACACUUAUUGAUGGAUACUUUAAAGCUGGAAUGGUGGAUGCUGCAUUGACUCUAUUCAGAGAAAUGUCAGGUAUGGCAGCUAAACCGAAUACUCUUACUUAUAACAUCACAAUGGAUGGAUUAUUUAAGGCUGGUUGAACCGUUGCUGCAAAGGAAAAGUUCCAUGAGAUGGUCAAAAGUGGAGUGAGAUUGUCCAUUGGUACACACAACAUAAUUCUCAGUGGGCUUUGCAAAAAUGGUUGUGCAGAUGAAGCAAUAAUGUUGUUUGAGAAAUUGCGAGCAAUGAACCUUAAGUUUGAUAUUAUAACUCUCACUAUUAUAAUUGAUGCAAUGUUUAAUGUUGGGAGAAUAGAGCAAGCUAUGAAUUUGUUUGCUGCAAUACCAACCAAGGGAUUGGCACGCAAUGUUGUAACCUACACUACGAUGAUGUCAAACCUUAUAGAAAAAGGGUUGGCAGAAGAAGCUGACAAUAUAUAUUCAUCAAUGGAGACAAGUGGUUGUGCUUCCGACUCGCGUAUGUUAAAUAUUAUCAUCAGAAAGUUAUUUCAAAAAGAUGAAAUAGUCAGGGCCAUAAAUUAUAUGUCCAUACUUGAUGGGAAAAGCAUGUCGCUUGAAGCUUCAACUAUUUCCCAGUUGAUAUCUCUUUUUUCAAGGAAAGGGAUAUACCAUAAGCACAAAGAUUUGCUCCCAUUAAGGUACCAGUUUUUGGAAGGAGACAUCCACAGUUGAUAUGAUACAUUCUAUCUGAACUUAAACCCUCAAAAGGCACACUGUCAGAAAAGAAAUGAUUCCUGAAAAUGAACCUGCUGCAACAGGGGAAGCGGUUGACGCCGAGGCUGAUGGCGUUUCUUUGGUCAAGCAGGAGGAUUCUGAGCUGGAGGAGAUUCUUUCGGAUUAUUUGGGUUAUUUUCCAGCUGAAAGAGAUUAGUUAAGUUAUGCAGACCUGACUUUAAAUACAAGUGUUGUAUGUGGUAGCAACUGAUGAACUUUGACCCAUCCAGACUAGCUAGAUAGAUGUGCAGCCUCUGGUGUACAUAGAUCUUGCACUGGAGCUGUACAGCCUCUCCUCUACCCUCUAGCCCAAUAAGGGUGGACUCAGUUUGCCCGUAGUUCAUGGGAAUGUGUU